GUCAGUGUAAAGUUCAGUCGGUGGUACUUCCUGAGAGCCUCUUAUCGACUGUGUCUGAGCUCGUCAGGAGUGGACUAGCCGAGCGGGAAUAGGAUAAUCAAACUGUAGUGAAGUUUUAAAGCAGAGUAAACAUGGAGCGGUGUGAUGAGUUGCUGUCUCCUGUUGUUCGGGACACAGAGGUCACCAGAGCAGCCCGAAGAAGAAGUACCAACAAGAAGGUCUUCUUUCCCUCCUCACCAGGUGAAGUCUCUGGUGCAUCCACAACCCCUGCCAGGCUGCAGCUACUGAACCGAACUCCAGGCUCACUGCUCAAACACUCCUUUACCCCUCUUAAUAAGAGGCAUCCUGAUGUAUCGGCUAUUCUGGCAACGGGAGGGAAGUCUCCUCGAUUCUCUCAGACACCAGCUCGCCUUGGAAACCUGUCUACGAAUCUGGAUGACAGCGACUGGACCAACACCCUGUACCUGUCCCCCCAGCAGAGUGGCCUGGUGGACGCCAGCUUCACUGAGGACAUCACCAUGAGUGCAGUGAUGCUGAAAGAGGACGACCCCGGGGAGGCUGCUUCCUUCAGCAUGUUUCCUGAAUUCUUACAGUCCUAUCUGAGGCAUUCCUCCAGUGAGAUCUUUGAUCUGCUAGAAGAGUACGAGACCAUCUGUGAAGAACAGGUGGGCAUGCUGAAGAAGAUCGUUACGAGAGCGACGCCAGGGCAGCAAAAAUUCUCCCAAACUGCCAGCAUGCUGUGGUUGCUGCAGCAGGAAAUGGUGACAUGGAGGCUGCUAACUUCAUUGUACAGGGACAGAGUCCAGUCUGCUCUCGAAGAUGAUGUAAUGAUUGAUGCUGCUGCACCAAGUGAGAGUGAAAAGGUGAUCAUGGAAAAUCUGUUUCAAAGAGACUCUCUGGUGCGUCAGAGCCAGAUUGUUGUAGACUGGCUGGAAACCAUCGCCAAAGAUGAAAUAGGGGAUUUUUCUGAUAACAUCGAGUUCUAUGCCAAAUCGGUUUAUUGGGAAAAUACGCUGCACACCCUGAAGCAGAGAAGAACCCCGUCGCACACAGGGUUCAGCCGCCCGCUGGUCACUGAACUGGACCCCGAUGCUCCGGUCAGACAGAAGUUGCCCCUGGCUGAUCUGGACAGGGAGGACGAUAUCAGGAUGCUCAAAUACCUCUUCACCCUCAUCCGAGCCGGCAUGACAGAGGAGGCUCAGCGUCUUUGCAAGCGCUGUGGUCAAGCUUGGAGAGCAGCGACACUGGAGGGGUGGAAGCUACACCAUGACCCCAACAUCAGUGGAGGGGUGGAUCUGCAGCCCAUGGAGGGGAACCCACAUCGCUGUGUUUGGAAAACCUGUUGUUGGAGGAUGGCAGAGGAUGAGCAGUUCAACAGGUAUGAACGAGCCAUCUACGCAGCCCUCAGCGGAAAUCUUAAACGGCUGCUCCCAGUGUGUGACUCGUGGGAGGACACGGUGUGGGCGUAUUUCCGGGUGCUGGUGGACACACUGGUGGAGCAGGAGAUCUGCUCCUCGGGAACCGCGCUGCAUCAGCUGGAGGAGCUACCCCGAGAGUACCUGGAAGCAAAUUGGACACUGGAAAGGGUAUUUGAAGAACUACAAGCAACAGAGAAAAAGAGGGUACUGGAGGAAACAAAAGAGCAUUACCACGUCAUUCAAAAAUUCAUCAUCCUGGGAGAUCUCGAUGGUUUGAUGGAGGAGUUCAGUGAUUGGCUGUCUCAUGGAAAGCCUGCCCUCCCCUCUCACCUGCUGCGCUUCAUGACUCACCUGAUCCUGUUCUUCCGCAGUCUGGGGAUGCAGACCAAGGAGGUGGUUUGUGUGGACGUUCUGGAGACCUAUAUCCAGGUUUUGGUAAACAAGAAGCACACAGACCUGAUUGCCUUUUAUGUGAGCCACUUGCCUGCGGACAUGGCGAUUGCUCAGUACUCUGAGUUUCUGGAGUGCGUCACAGAGACCGAUCAACGGAAACACUGUCUGGAACUGGCCAAGGAAGCAGGGCUAGAUGUUGCUGCAGUAACGAAAACGGUGGUGGAGAAUAUCCGCAAGAGAGAUGCGGACGACUUUUCUCAUCACGACCUGGCUCUGGAUAGCGGCACCUCGGAGGAGGACCUUCGGAAGAUCGAUGUGAUUGACUGGCUGGUGUUUGACCCCUCCCAGAGGGCGGAGGCGCUGAAACAGAGCAACGCCAUCAUGAGGAAGUUCUUGGGAUCUAAGAAGCAUGAAGCAGCCAAGGAGGUCUUCGCCAAGAUCCCUGGCGACUCCAUGAGAGAAAUUUACAAGCAGUGGGAGGCGCAAGGAAUGGACAUCCCUCUGCCUGCUGAGGACCAGAAUGCCAUUCGAGAGCACCUGUGCAUCCGAGCCUACCUGGAGGCCCAUGAAGCUUUCAACGAGUGGUUUAAGCACAUGAACAGCCCUCCCCAGAAGCCCACCCUCUCCUCCCAGGCCAAGUUUACAGAGACUGUGGCGCACGAGAUGAAGGAGAAGGAAUACGAGCUGGACUGUAGGAACUGGAAAGGGCGUUUGGAAGCAUUGACGGAUGACGUCCGAGACCGGAUCUACAACGUGCUGCUGUUUGUGGACGGAGGCUGGAUGGUGGAUGUCAGAGAGGACGCGGAGGAGGACCCUGAGCGCUCCCGUCAGAUGACCCUGCUGCGGAGGCUGUGUCUGCCCAUGAUGGCUUUCCUGCUGCACAGCGUCCUGCACAGCACUGAGCAGCACCAGGAGUGUCUCCGGCUCGCCGACAUCAUCUCCUCUGAGCAGCAGAAGCUCUACCAGGUGUUUUCAAAGGAAGAGCUGAGGAAGUUUCUGCGAAAGCUGAGGGAAUCUUCACUCCUGCUGCUGGAUAAAGAUCUGGAUCCACUGGGAUAUGAAAUCCAGUCUUAGUUUAGUUUCUUAAUUGUGUUUUUGUACUGCAUAGCAGAUGACAAUGUGAAGCAUCUGUCAAAACUAAUUUUUUGUGUUUAAUAAAGGCUCAUCGUUGAGGGGGGG